CAGUUUGCUCGCGCUCCUUGCGCAGCUCACUCGUGUCGUAUUACUCCGCGUGUUGAACACCGACCUUCCGAUACGAAUUUGGAACGUUUUCGACCGGUAGUGUCGGUUUAACUGUCGCUUUUAAACGGCGAACACUUCUUACACCGCCUAAAUUUCGCAUUGCGAAUCGAACGUGCGAUUACUUCACCCUGUUACGCUAAAACCUUAACAGAUAACUGUGAAGAAACGUGUGUAGGCUUUCAGUGUUUGUGGUAUUAGCAGAUUUAGUGCUUCAUCAGUGCUGUGCAAUUGGAGCAUGUGUUUUGUGAAAAGUGCUAUUACUUCUGUUUGGUUCGACUAGUGAUACGUUUCAAUAAACUCGAAACAAAAAGUGGUUUUGUAUUCGAGUUCAUGUGGCUAUUGGAGUAUUGAUACGCAUUGAUUUCCCCCUAUCCACAGUUUAAUUUAUGGACCGCCGCGGUAAAGCACAGCAAGCAGCAAGAGAGGGCGACAACCCUCAUAAUCCAAAAUGUGACCACCGAAGAAUCGACCAAAACACACAACACAAUCUUCAAAUUCAUGGAUCCACGAGAUCACAUGAUUAAGACGAAUAUUUAUUGUACUUAUAACUUUAAUUAUUAACGAAUCUAGUCGCCACAGCACUUUUUAACACGAAGCAAUUUAGACUUUAUGAUAAGCCCUAAAGAAGAAAAUUGUUGAACUAAGUACAAAGAUUAAGGAAUUGAGGAGUCAGUACAAACAUCGUUCGGAACGCUAGAAUCAGUUUGAGAUCAAAUUGAUUACAUUAGAAGUUCCUAAGAAGGAGAAAAGAUGACAACCAGUUUUGAGCAUUCUGCUAUGAAGAGCAGUUUUUCGCUGUCAUCACUUGGUACCGCACCACCGCCGCCUGGCGGGCGAUGCGAGCAACUCGAGAGGCCCUACCACAGCCUCACCAAAAAGCGGAAAGAGCCAUGUCGCGAAGCUUGGAGGCGGAGUUGGGGCUCGGCGGCGAGCGGCGGCAGCGCCGGCGACGACCUGUGGCCCCUGCUCCAACACCACUACGACUACAUUAUGGACAACCAAAUCAUCGACACUUGCAAGGAAGCAAACGGCGAAUUGCUGUCGAACAAUUCGUCGUUGUUGCUAAAUGGGCCCAGGCUUCUAAACCCCACGUCUGGCUUCAACCGGCAGUGGUCGCUUAGUCAGCUGGUAGCAGAGUUUACAGAGCUGUGCCAGUGGCUCACACACGUGCAGGAGGAGAUCUAUUCUAGUCCCGAAAAUCUGUCCAGCAGAAAGUUGAGAAUGAGUCGCAUGUCUGAGUUAAUAUCGGUGGAGCCUAGACGAUUGAAGUUCAUGGAGCAAGCCUCUGCGAUCUUGGAGAGGAUACCUGAAGCUAGCGCAGAGGUGACGUGGCGGAUGGAGCAUCUAAGUGUGAAAUGGGAAGGAUUACGUUUGCUGUUAAGUCCAGAACAACUAAAUAGGGAUGGCGACUGCUCUGACACAGUCGACACUGCGCACGAGCUUCGUUGCCUACGGCGGUGGCUGCACGUAAUGGAAGGUCGCCUUCCGCCCCCGUCGCUAGCUGCUGCGCGCGCCGCUCCCUACCAUGACCUGCGCCGGAAACUGCGCGAACACCAGGUAUUGCAACGAGACGUGGAAUGCCACGGGCGGAUCGUGAGCUCAGUGGUGCGUCUGUGCGGUGGUGGCGACGCGGCGCGCGCUCUAGAGCGGCGCUGGCACCUGCUGUACUUGCGGGCGAUCGAGUGGCAGUGCCACCUGGAGGCCUGCCUAACUAGGAUCGACAAUCAGGGUGGAGCAUCGAUAGAAUCUGCGAGCGAUAGCGACGACGAACCUGCUUUGAAACAACCACGUUUGAGUAGGAGGGGAUCACCCAGACAGCAGCGGACACCGGUCAAUGCUCGGCGAAGGAACAGCUCAGUGGACAGCCGACAGUCCGCCUCAGAGGAGGAACAAGAAUAUGUGGUAAAGUACACUUGGCGCGGCUUCGGCUCGGACUGUGAACUGGAAGUGGCGAGACAACGGACUGUAAACAUGGCGGACGAACGAACCGUGCCCGGCGCGGCCUGUGGCGCAGUAUCAAUCUACACCGACCAGACCGUACCCGCCGCCAUGGACCAAAUCGACGGUAUGGAAACGAACAUAUCAGUAACUAUAGAAGAGAAAAUGAAAACUCCCCCAACCGUCAUCAAAAGGAAGAAACCCGUCGAUUCGUCAAAAUUCAACCAAUCAAAUAGGAAAUCGAAAAACUGCGCAACCUUCUACUUCAGACAUCACGACACGGACUCUGACCGACAGAUGAUCGAGACCGACGAGAAAUCACAAGAGGAAUCUUCGGAAGAAGACGAAUGGACUUACGUAGGCGGUGCGAAGAUAGCCAAUGAGGACUCAACGGACAUUAUGACGUCAUCAGUCGAGAUCCAAUGCGAACUACCCAUAGACGAUAAAAAAGACAAACCACCAUCCCCAAAACCGAAAUUGGAAUCGUCCACCCCGGAUCUACUUCGCGUUGAGAAUACCAGGUGCAAAGAUAUCGAAAGACUGGUGAUACAGGCUGAGGAACUGGUACAGAAACAAGCGCAACACAACUUGGCUAAGAAAAAGGGAACGAGGACUUUUAAACCGCUGAUGUUUGAAGAGGAAGGUACCAAGGCGAACAGAGCUAAGAUGUCAAGGAUCAAGGAAUGGCUGAAUCAGAGUACGGAGGAAAAGAAUGAUAGCAACCAGGGCACGGAAAGUUACGACGCGUCAGGCGAAUAUACGACAGAAAGUGAAGUGGACACCUCCCUCACUUCUGAAGAACGGAACCUGCACUCUUCUAUGGACAUGAGCACUUCCACCUGCACCGUCACACCUACACACCAGGCCAAGGUGCAAUUACGCAAAAAGCGGGGCGGCAACAGCGCGCGGCCGUGGUCCGUCUCCUGUCUCUCUCAGCUAAGCGGCGCGGGCGCAUCAUUGGUGGCGACGCCUACAGCGGGCGACGUUGCCGCUAUGUCGCACAAUAUGUCGAUAUCCGAGUCGGCUUUGAAUACGUUGGCUUCACCGCAGGAAGUUACUCCAGCUAAUUCGAGUUCGAAGUUGCGUGGCAGCUCGACUACUGUUCAGGGGCACGUUUCCAGUACAAACACAAUGACUGAAGCGUGCACUUCUUGCGUGGAGAAUAACGAGAAACAGUGCUGGCUUCGAAGGAAAAGGUUUAAGUUGCGGCGAAAUAAUAACCCAGCGAGAAGAGAGAGACUGGUGAAGUCCCUCUCUUUCUGCGGUCGUCUAAGUCCUGAGAUAGUAGACAAAAACGAGAGGAGUGCGGCCAGUGACCCGGCUACCAGUAGGAAAGGAAGAUUCGACACAACCUCAACAUCUGGCAACGACAGCGACGAGGACUUGCGCAAGAGCAUAGAAAAGACUCACAUCUCCACAAGAGAGCAGGACAGCGCUAUACCGGAGCAGAACGAGAACGAACAAUCUUCCGUAGCGCCUAGUUUCAAAUUGGGUCCGGCAGGUGGCGCUGUAAGGCCUAGAAUCGCUAGGAGUACAGAAAGGGAAAGGUCUUUUCUUGCCCUAAGCUUGGGCGAUCCAAAUCAGCUAUGGGAUUUAAGCAUGGACAAAGACUCGGAUGUGGAUAAGAGCGGCACUGCUGGCACUGAGGAGCAUAGUUCGUUUUCGGAACAAGCUUGGGAUUUCUAUCAGGAAAAAUACAACUCCGAGCCUUACUCAGAAGCGCCUGAUUCGGACGCGGCACGCCGCCUUCUAGAAUUUGGCGACGACUACCGAGCCUUCCUCGACUCGCAGUCCGACUGCUGCUCCAGUCUUUCAGCACAGCCCGAGAACGAACACAGCCCCAGCGGCACCAGAAGACGCAGACCUUCCGAAGUAUCCCGCGAAAGAAGUCUGCCCCGCUACAAACGCGCGACAAAAUCCCCCGUCAAUACACUCCCCAGAAAACCCAAGAAGUCCAUGUCCAGCGCCGAACGCAAAAAGUCCCUACUCGAUAGCCUCGAACGGUCCAGAAACAACACCAGCAUCGAGAGCAAUGACGGCGUGCGCAGACGCAAACCGUCCGAAAGCGAACGCAAGAACAGCAAACGCUCACCAGAAUUCGACUUACUCAACAUCCAAGCUUUGAGCAGGAGACGUCACAGCUCAAACCUGACCAGCGAUGAAGUGAAUAGUUCUCUAGAAUACACGGAAGUGAACAACCGCCCCGAUAUACUUGACUCGUUGAAUAGAAGACGGCGGAAUGAUAACGGGGAGACGGAACUGCAGAAAGUGGCAUUGUCUGAACUGCGUAGGCGUUCGACGGAGAGCGCCGACUCGGAGGACGAGUCGUCAAGUCCUAAGAAGCACAGCAGGAGGAAUUGGGGCGAGGAUUCCGAUUCGGAAUCUGAGGAAGUUCGCUCUCUUGUUCGCCGCUCGAGCGCGCACCUGGAGACAGUGGAGGCGCUGAUGGCCCGCCACGAAGCUUCUCCGGACCUCCUCCGAGCUUUCGACUACACGGAGGUUGUGACCCGGUGUCGGGAAAACAUCAACUUAUUGGACGCAGCUUUGGCAGGCGGAUCCCUAUCGCCGGCUCUACAGCGAGAUGUUAGAGCUGUGUCAGCAAGAUGGUCGGCGUUACGAGUGGCAGCUACGAGACGUGGUGGGGCCCGAAGGUUGCGUCGCGAGAUUGCGGCCCUCCACGGUGCCCUGGAAGAGAUAUGCGAACCUGGGGAUUGUGCACCUCAGCCACACACAAAGGCUCAGCUCAACCGUAGAAUCGAGGAGUUAAAGGAUCGCUUAUCUCGUCUUCUGGAGUGCAAAGUUUCGAUGCUUAAGCUGACUGUGUCUGUCCGCCGGACCCUGGGCGAGAUGGAAUCCGACGAUACUGGCUUGGCAGCUGACUUAACCUCUCUCCUUGCCGCUUGGGAUGAUGCGCAUCAACGCACAUCCAGCGAGUUACUUUCUUUAGAGAAGGCAGUUUGUGCCUGGGCUGAUUGGGAAAAUGCCCUGCGUGACCUCCAAGGAGCCUUGAGAGGUGACUUGGCAACAUUAGAAGCGUUGCGAGACAAGGGAAACAUUGUUGGAGAUCAAACUGAAGUCGCAGCUCAGAUACGACAGCUUGCAGCUUCUUUGGUGGAUAAGAAAAAAGGCAGCUCAACUUGUGAUUCGUUGUCCGAUUCGGGUAUAUCUGAUGGUGACAGUGAAGGAGCAGGUGGCCGUGCAAGAAGGCUUAGUGCUUUGAGAGAACUAGCGCGUCGCCUGCAAGCGGCUCUAGCUCCCAAUUCUCCGGCACAUAGGGCUAUAACAAAGCGUAUGGAGCAAACGGAAAAUGAGGUGCGCAUAUUGCAGGAGUCUUGCCGAGCUCUGGUCGAGCAAAGCAUCCCAGACUUGAAGAUAGAUGAUGAAUCAGACCUUACCAUAAGCGCUGUUCAUGCCAACAAAACCGGGUCUGGUGAUCCCGAUUACAACCCUCGUGGUGGAUGGAUUUGGCGUGUUCUUCGUUCCUCGCUUCCCAUACAAUUGUGUUUAGUAGCGCUGCUUUUAGCAGCUUGGUUAGUGGAACGUCCUCGUUGCUGCGACGCCCUAAACUCCCUGGCUCAGACCCUGACUCCCCAAUUACGCUACGUACGAGGACCCCCACCUGUCUGAAUAAACACUAUUGUGUUUUGUCAAUGUGAUUCAUAGCUACAUGACUAGCUAUUUGUGCUCAAACUUGCCGCAUAGACUUCAGGCAAGCAUUUGAGCAAAUAAUGUUAGCACUGACGAUGCUAUGGUUGUGAUCUAUGUUUGAUGCAUAUCGGCGUUAUUCCGACUAGAAAUGACAUGAAAUGGGCUGAUGUAAGCCCUAUUGCUUUUUAAGAUAGCACACGAAAGUGUUACGGAAAUUUUGAAGUAUAGUGAACUAUACAUGGAUGUUUGCGUUAUGCAAUAAUUCUGUAAAAAUACUUACUUUUGAUUUAACUAGAGAAAGUUUGGUGUUUGAUAGAAGUUAAAGGUUGAUUAGUUUUGUUACUAACAUAAUAUACAAGAAUCUUGAGAUGUUGGAUUAAGUAUUACAAGAGUAAUUCGAUAGAAUAUACAAUGACACUGAUGUUAAUACGAUUUGUAUUCGCUUAACGAAGCAUAAUAGUGAUGUAGUGAAGUGUGAAAAGAAUUGAUGAAAGUAUAACAUAGCUAUUACAGUAUUGGUAAAACAAUAUACAUACUUCCUUUAUACAACAAAAAAAACUUGAAUUGCUCAUAGCGAAAAAAGUGCAAAUAAACAAAAGUGUUCCAAAAUAAUCAUCUGUAUCAGAUGAAGUUCAAACUAGGUAGGACCUAUGUUUAACAUUGUAGUAUUAAUUUACUAACAUUUUGACAAACAUACUAAGUUUUUACGUAGACUAGAAGCAUGCCUAUUUUAGUACAAUUAUUUAGUAGAUUACUUAAAUAGGUGGGAGUGCGCUUUGUGUGAGAGAAAUUAUUUCAAAGUACCUUGUUUUUUACUAUCAUUACGAGACAUUCAACUAAAAAAAUAUAUGUCGACCCUAAAACUAUCUUUAUAAAAAUAUCGGUCGUAUGUUGUAGUGGUUUAUAUCGAAGUUAUACAUUUGUGGCCUUAAUUAUAGUACUAUUGAAGACUGAUUCAACACGCAUCUACUUUAGUAGUUAUAAUUUUCUUUUUCCGACGCUAUUUGAUUUUACAUUAAAUUAAACACAUUUCAAAAUGCAAGUUUUUUAAUAGAAUCGAUUUUGAUUUAUAUGAUUUAAAAAUUCCCCCAACUCGUCGUUAUUAAUUAUAAAAUUAGUGUUUGAAGAUUUGUUGAAAUGUUUUAUACCUACUUAUUUUUGAUGUGCUUUUUGCCAUAUAUUUACAUUAAUCUAAUUCAGUCAUUCUAAAAAAUAGAACAAAGUGGAUGAAACAUGAUAAAUAGUUCAAUUUAUUGAAUUUUUAUUGUUAUUUGGUUCAUAUUUUAUUUUUAUUAUUUUAUCAAUUUGAUGUAAAUAUUUAUUGAACCAAAAUAUGUAAUUGUAUUUAUGUUGUUAUUUAUUAUAAAUAUAUAUUUCAUUCUUAUUUCGUAAAUGCAAAUAUUGAAUUUGAUAAUUCCGAGAUUUUAUUUACUUUAUGUAUUCUUUGUAUUACCUAUCUUCAUUAUUGAUUUGUAUGUUUUGAAUUGAUUUUAAGAUCCCUAGACGACCAUGUGACAUGGCAUGACAUGCUUUCCGUAAUUUUGUUUGUUUUGAUUGAUGC